AAAGCCAGAAUAGCUAGUUUUUCUCUUCGCGGUGUGUACACACUUGCCGAGCAGCUCGGCGAUUAUUAUUUGUUUAUUUGUAAAAACCUGGAAAAUGAGUGGAAAACUGUCAAAAUCGAGCAGCUCCUCCAGCAGCAUGCUGUACGGCUCCAGCAUCUCGGCGGAGUCCAUGAAGGUAAUCGCGGAGAGCAUCGGAGUGGGCUCCCUGUCGGAUGACGCCGCCAAAGAACUAGCCGAGGAUGUGUCCAUCAAGCUGAAGAGGAUUGUGCAGGAUUCGGCCAAAUUCAUGAACCACGCCAAGCGGCAGAAGCUCUCAGUGCGGGACAUCGACAUGGCCCUUAAGGUGCGAAAUGUGGAGCCGCAGUACGGCUUCGUAGCCAAGGACUUCAUUCCAUUCCGCUUCGCAUCUGGCGGAGGGCGGGAGCUGCACUUCACCGAGGACAAGGAAAUCGACCUGGGAGAAAUCACAUCCAGCAACUCUGUAAAAAUUCCCCUGGAUCUCACACUGCGCUCCCAUUGGUUUGUUGUGGAGGGAGUGCAACCCACUGUGCCCGAAAACCCACCUCCGCUCUCGAAGGAUUCCCAGUUACUGGACUCCGUCAAUCCAGUUAUUAAGAUGGAUCAAGGCCUAAACAAAGAUGCGGCUGGCAAACCAACCACCGGCAAGGUACACAAGCUGAAAAACGUGGAGACCAUUCAUGUCAAGCAACUGGCCACGCACGAGUUGUCCGUGGAGCAACAGUUGUACUAUAAGGAGAUCACCGAGGCGUGCGUGGGAUCUGAUGAGCCGCGGCGCGGUGAAGCGCUGCAGUCGCUGGGAUCCGAUCCCGGCCUGCACGAAAUGCUUCCCCGCAUGUGCACCUUCAUUGCGGAGGGAGUUAAGGUCAAUGUGGUUCAAAACAACUUGGCGUUGCUUAUUUACCUCAUGCGCAUGGUUCGUGCUCUUCUGGAUAAUCCUUCACUGUUUCUGGAGAAAUACCUCCACGAACUGAUACCCUCGGUGAUGACGUGCAUUGUCUCCAAGCAGCUGUGUAUGCGCCCGGAGCUGGACAAUCACUGGGCCCUGCGAGACUUUGCCUCCCGACUGAUGGCUCAAAUCUGCAAGAACUUCAACACCCUAACCAACAAUCUGCAAACCCGUGUCACCCGCAUCUUCAGCAAGGCCCUGCAGAACGACAAGACCCACCUGUCCUCGCUCUAUGGCUCUAUUGCGGGUCUCUCGGAGCUUGGAGGCGAAGUCAUAAAGGUUUUCAUCAUACCCCGCCUUAAAUUCAUAUCGGAGCGCAUUGAACCUCACCUGCUCGGCACCUCGAUCAGCAACACUGACAAGACAGCAGCAGGUCACAUUCGCGCCAUGCUCCAGAAGUGCUGUCCCCCGAUCCUCAGGCAAAUGCGCUCAGCCCCAGAUACAGCGGAGGACUACAAGAACGACUUUGGCUUCCUGGGGCCGUCGCUGUGCCAGGCAGUAGUCAAAGUUCGAAAUGCGCCCGCCUCAAGCAUUGUAACCCUGUCAUCCAACACGAUCAACACGGCACCCAUCACGAGUGCAGCACAAACAGCAACCACCAUCGGACGAGUGUCCAUGCCCACCACACAGAGACAGGGAAGUCCCGGAGUCUCGUCCCUGCCGCAAAUAAGAGCCAUACAGGCCAACCAGCCGGCGCAAAAGUUUGUGAUAGUCACCCAGAACUCGCCGCAGCAGGGCCAGGCGAAGGUGGUGCGGCGUGGCAGCUCCCCGCACAGCGUGGUGCUCUCCGCGGCCUCCAACGCUGCCAGUGCCUCCAACUCGAAUUCAAGCUCCAGCGGCAGCCUACUAGCGGCUGCACAGCGGAGCAGCGAGAAUGUGUGUGUUAUUGCCGGUAGCGAAGCGCCAGCAGUUGAUGGUAUAACAGUUCAAUCUUUCAGAGCACCCUAGACGCCACCUCGCUGAUCAUUGAGACGGAGAUUGUGCGCGCACCGCCCGAGCUGGACGAUCUCUCACACUUGGAGUAGCCAGCUUAGUUCGUAGUCUACAUUUUCAUUUUGUAUGCAAUAAAACAACAAAUGCGGGUUACUCCCCCCAAAGAUG